UUCAAAGGACAUUAAGAAAUCUAUUACUCUGAUAUACAUGUAGAUUUAUUCUUUUUAUCCUCUUCAAGUCAUCAAAAAUUUGUGUUUAAACGAUCUGAUAUUUGAUUCCAUUGAAGGGUUUAUUUCUUUUCUUUUUCUUGUGAAUGGGUUCAUCUGAUCGCUUGUUUAACAGGCAGAGAACUGUUCAUGAGAUCCUUGGCGGUGGUUUAGUUGCAGAUGUGAUGUUGUGGAGGCGAGGGAACAUGACAAUGGGGAUCCUGUUGGUGACUCUAGCAGCUUGGGUGGUGUUUGAGAAAUCUGGUUACACUCUGCUAUCACUUGUCUCUAAUGUUCUCCUCCUUCUCAUUGUCACUCUUUUUCUCUGGGCCAAAUCCGCCGCCGUUCUUCACCGACCUGCUCCACCUCUUCCAGAAUUGUAUCUAUCAGAAGAAAUGGUAAACGAAAUUGGAGCUUUCAUUCGGUCCCAUGUAAAUGAUUUUCUCUCAGCUUCUCAAGAUAUCGCAUUGGGUAAAGAUGCAAGGUUGUUCUUCAAGGCUGCUGCAUACUUAUUGUUGAUUUCGAUUGUAGGUACCCUUACUGAUUUCCUUACUUUGGGUUACACCAGCCUUGUUGUAGUUCUCACAGUUCCAACGCUUUAUGAGAGAUAUGAAGACUAUAUCGAUCCGUAUACCAUACUUGGAUGCAGGAAAAUGCAGCAGUUGUAUGUGAAAAUUGAUUCCAAGUUUGUAAACCGAUCUCGGAAAUGGAUUUUGGAGAGGCAGAAAUUAAGCUGAUUUCUUCUGUUUCUUCGGUUUUCUCCCUCUUAGAUUUGUUUUCCUUUCUGCUUGAGAGUGACAAAGACAGGCACAGGUUUGUUGUUUUGAGCAUUGGAGAUGCAUUUCCUUUUGUAUUAUGAUGUUUCCCUCGUUUCCGGCAUGCGAGUUCAUAGGAAAUAUAGUUUUUA